UGGCCGCUCGGAGCCGCCGGAGCCGCCGGAGCCGCCGCGCCCGCGAUGGAGCCCAACAGCCCCCGCAAGAUCCAGUUCACGGUCCCGCUGCUGGAGCCGCACCUGGACCCGGAGGCGGCCGAGCAGAUCCGGAGGCGUCGGCCGACUCCGGCCAACCUCGUCCUGAGCAGUGACCAAUCGUCCCCAGAGAUCGACGAGGACCGGCUGCCCAACCCCCUGCUGAAGUCCGGCCUGGCCAUGUCCCCCCGGCAGAGGAAGAAAGUGGCCCGGAGCACCCCCACCAUGAAAGAGCUGCAGAUGAUGGUGGAGCAUCACCUGUGCAAGCAGGCGCAGGGCGGCGACGACGACGACGACGUGGCGGCCACCGCUCGCUGCCACCACGGCGACCCCGAGCACCGGCACAGCCCCGGCGGCUCCUGCCCCGCCCAAGGUGGCCACCGGACACCCGGGGAUGGGACACCCCAGGCUGGGACCCCCCGGGCCGGGACCCCCCGGGCCGGGACCCCCGGGACCGCGUGGCGCAGCCAGGCUGAGGACGGGACCCAUACAGAGCCUGGGGACAGCGCGGGCAGCAGCCAGUAGGUGUGACCACAGCUGCCAGACGCCAGCGGAGAUUUUUUUAUUCCAUUUUCUAAGAUUUUGGGGCUGCCCAGAGUGAUUUUGGGAAUUUUAUUUUAUUUUAUUUUAUUUUAUUUUAUUUUAUUUUAUUUUAUUUUAUUUUAUUUUAUUUUAUUUUAUUUUAUUUUAUUUUAUUUUAUUUUAUUUUAUUCCCACGGGCAGGUCCCCACCAGGUGGGGGGAGGGAGGGGUCUGGGGACCCCCAGCCAGGGAUGUCCCCUCCCCCUGGGGACCUCAGGGUAGGUGCCACUGGGGACACCGAGCAGACCCCCUUUCACUGCCCCCCCCCCGCGGUCCCCAGGGCAGGUGACACUGGGGACACGGAGCACAUGACCGCCCCCCCCCGUCACUCCCACCCUCGGGUGUCCCCUGGGCCCCCCCCCACCUUCGCACACCUUGGGGCGGGGACCAGGACACGGGGAGGGGACACGGGGAGGGGACAGGGACACGCGCGUGCACACGGACACGGGGAGGGGGGCACAGGGACACGGGGGGGGGGGGGGGGGCGCGGGGACCCCCCCCCAGCCGGAAUUAAAGGGAUCCUUUCCCCCCCCGCCUCCUGCUUGGGCCGCGCCGGGGGGGGGGGAGGGGGGCGGGAUCCCCUCUUUGGGUAGGGGGGGUCCAAAACCCCUUUUGGGGGCUGGGGAAGGGUCCAGGAGCCCCUUUUUAUGGUGGGGGGGCUCCAGGACCCCCUUUGGGUGCCGGGGGGGGUCUCCUGGACCCCCCCAAUCGGUGCUGGGGGGACCUGAGACCCCUUUUGGGUGCUGGGGGGACUCCAGGAUCCUCCCAAAGGUCUUGGGGAGACCCCUGACCCCUUUUUGGGGCUGGGGGGGCUCCAGAACCCGCCCAAGUGUCUUGGGGAGACCCCCUGACACCUUUUGGGUGCUGGGGGGGCUCCAGGACCCCCCUUGGGGCCGCCCCCAUCCCGGGUUCUGGCCCCCCCCCCAAAUUCCGCUCCCCCAGAGCCCCCCCAGCCUCGGGGGUGCCCCCGGCGGUGCCGCCCCCUCCCACCCCCGCCCCCCUCAGUGGGCGGAGCGCGGCCGUGGUGGCGACGGCGUUUAUUAAUUAACUCAUUAAUUAAUUAA